AUGGAUUCAAAAGAUGAGUACUUGAGUUCUAACAGUGAUGUAGAAGAGGAAUUUGAUGAUGCUGAUUGUGGUGAUGAUCAUAUUGAUUUUGAUGAUGAACAGGAUGGAGAGUUUGAGAUAUAUGAUGAAGAGGAUAGAGAGUUUGAGAUUGACGAUGAUUCAGAUGAAACCGGUGGUAAGGAGAUAUGUUAUACCAAUCUAAAGGAAGAAGAUGUAUGUAAGCGACAGGUAGAAGCUAUCACACAAACAUCUACCAGGCUUUCUAUUCCAACAGUAUCAGCAACCAUGUUGCUGCUAUACCACAACUGGGAUGUUGAUAAAGCCCAGGAUGCUUGGUUUGCCGACGAAGACAAAGGUCGAAAGGAUAUUGGGUUACAAGAAGUAGUUCCUAUAAAAAACACCAAGAAUAUAAUCAUGUGCACGAUCUGCUUUGAUGAAUUUGGUCGCGAUGGUAUGUGCGCUACUACUUGUGGUCAUCUCUUUUGUAAAUUGUGUUGGACACAAUAUGUUAGCAUUAAAAUUAUAGACGGACCUGGGUGUUUAAGGUUGCGAUGUCCUGAACCGUCUUGUGGGGUGGCUGUUGGUCAGGACAUGGUUAAUGAAUUAGUUUCUGACGAAGAUAAAGAAAAGUAUUCUCGUUACCUUUUAAGAUCUUACGUCGAAGAUCAGAAAAACAUUAAAUGGUGCCCUUCUCCAGACUGUGAGUUUUUAGUUGAAUUCGUUGCGGGUAGUUCAAGUUAUGAUGUUGUUUGUGGUUCGGAUCAUAGCUUUUGCUGGAAUUGUCUUGACGAUGCACAUCGUCCAGUGGACUGCGACACUGUGCACAAGUGGGCCUUGCAGAAUAAUUCUGAGUCCGAAAACGUGACUUGGAUAUUGGCAAACUCCAAAUCUUGUCCGAAGUGCAAAAAACCAAUUCAGAAAAACGAGGGGUGUAUGCAUAUGACAUGCCGUUGCAAAUUUCAGUUUUGUUGGCUCUGCCUUGGUGAUUGGUCAACCCAUGGGGAUCAUACAGGUGGUAAUUAUGCGUGUAAUGUCUAUGAGAAAGCAAAAUCGAAGGGACAUUACAAGGAGGAAGAUAAACUUAAAAAGGAGGCAAAAGAUUACUUGGAUAGAUAUACUUUUUACUAUGAAAGAUUUGCAGAAAACCAGAAGUCAAGGUUAAAUGCAGCUAGAAGCUUGCAGAAAACAAAAUCUAAUGACUUCGCUAUGCUAAGUGACAGAUAUAGGAUGACUGAUAUGAAUCUUGAGGCUAUAACAGAUGCUUGGCUACAGAUCAUCGAAUGCAGGCGUGUUCUGAAGUGGACUUAUGCCUAUGGUUACUACUUACCUCAAAGUGAAUAUGCAAAGAAAAUCUUUUUUCAGUAUUUGCAAGGUGAAGCUGAGUCUGCGUUGGAAAGGCUCCAUCAAUGUGCAGAACAAGAAAUACAACUAUAUCUCAAGGAUGAUUUACCCGAAGAUUUCUUUUCUUUCCAUGUAAAGCUAGAUGGCCUUACUGUAACCACAAAGAAUUACUUUGACAACCUGGUUCGUGCUCUAGAGAAUGGUCUGUCAGAAGUAGACUCCGAGGCUGCAGCAAGACAACCGGCUCAUUUCGAAGAAAGUUGUCAAAGUAAGAGAAAGAGAGGAACGAAACGCAAGUGA